AUAGCUAUAAGUGAGCUUGUUUUAUCGUACCUGAUGCUUGUUUCAUCAUCUGCAAAUGUGGAGCAUAACCUUUCACUCGCUGUAUAUUGCGCAAUUUCAUGCAAGACAUUACGAGUAAUAACUACUGCCGCCAAACAAGCGAAAUACUGUCAUACAUUGAGCAUGUCAGACUUCACAUGACAUGGUGGUUUCCAAUCCGACCAGAGCUUGAUUGGAUUGCCUGUCGGCUGCCAUGACAACAAUCUCCAGCAAACGACACCGUGAGCUUAGAACCAAUCACACACAAUCUCUCGCCGCUUCCCAGAGCGCUCGGUCGGCGCCCGGUGUCUCUGGCAUGGCGCUCUCCCAGCCGAUGAGUCCGUGGGCGCGCCACAACCGCCGCCGCGCGCCGCCCUCGCCGCCGCUGGCAGCCGGCUCCUACCAGGACUGCUGCUGCUACGAGUGUGACUACGGUGGCGUCGGGCCGCCGGCAGUCCGGCCCGACUCGCCAGGCGACAACGGCAGCAACUGCGGGGAUGCCUGCAGCUGCGACUACGGCCAGUGGCCGGCGCCGGCGGCACCGCGACGGCCCGCCUCGCGCCGCUCGGCCGUCUCCGGCGGCUCCUCGGCCGUUGACCGCGCCACGCAGUCGUCUCCCGUCUCGCCUGGCACGGAGCCAGAGCGAGGCUAUCGCCGUCUGGCAGCGCCGCGCGCCGCUGAAGAGACCUCCAUCAGCGACAGCAGCUCGUCACUGUACGCCGAGACCGAUCUGAACGAAGUCACGCGCCUUGCCGACGAGCUGGCCGGCGCCAGCGCCGGCGGACGGACGCAGCAGGCAGCGGCGGUCGGCGGCCGGCCGGCUGCCAGCCGCACCCACUCACUGUGCAGUGCCGACUCCGCGUACUGCACACCCGGCCCCAGCCGACACAGCUUCACCAACGGCGACCGCGCGGACCGCAACUCGUCCGACACGCCCAUGGAUAACAGAGUGGUCAAACCCGCUCGACGCCGCCGCAGCAGCGACGGCGUGGAGAGGCCCGAGUAUGCUGGGAUGUAGGCGGGACAUAGGACGUCUGGUUAGCCUGCUGCUGUGUGUGUACAGCACCCACACGAAAACCGGCAAACGGGAUUCAAUUGUGAAUUAUCCGAAGCAGACUUGUGGCAGACGGCACGUGCCAUCUUAUGCUGGCUCCUGUGUUUUUACUAAGUCACUUGCUCGCUGUCAAGGCAUGCUAGAAAAAGCUGCGGGCAGUAACAGUCGCUAAUAUCACGAGAACCGUCAAAAUAUCACCAGAACAUAUCGACACGACCUGCUGACGGGUACUGUCGCAUCCUCUCGGCCGGUGGACGGGUGCACAUCAGAACCGCAUGUCGACUGGAAUGCUGACAUAACCUGUCCCCUGUAUACUAGCGCCCCUACCGGACAUAUCUGUCAACGCCUGCUAGCGUGUCGUACGUGUCGUUUCUGUGUUCGCAAUACCGUUGUGAUAUACCACUGGCAAAGUUGAUUCGUGCGCCCCUGCCCUUCCCCUCCCCAAGUUAUCAUAGGCUGUUCAGUUGACACCGAAGCGAGGUGAUGCAAAGCUGCAGGUACUGGGACUCGCGUUUUGUAACUAUGGCAAUCGUUGUGUACAAUAACGCACUUGAGCGGAAGGCCGACUUGUGACUACAAUGCUUCUGCCAAAAUGCACUUGCU